AUGAAGCUAUUCCAGGUAUUCGUGUGCUUGUUGGCUUUGGCCGUAGCGGCGCGCGCUGGCUCUCUCGGCUGGUCCAGCGGCGGCGGUGGCGGCGGCGGCUACGGCGGCGGCGGCUGGUCGAGCGGAGGCGGCGGCGGCGGCGGCUGGCCGAGUGGCGGCAGCAGUGGCUGGUCUAGCGGUGGUGGCGGCGGCUAUGGAGGCGGCGGCUGGUCGGGCGGCGGCGGCGGCGGUGGCCACGGCGGUGGUGGACAAGUGAAGAUCAUUAAAAUCAUCACCACCGGCGGCGGCGGAGGCGGCGGCGGCGGCUGGAAGAGCGGGGGCGGCGGUGGCGGCUUCUCCGGUUGGCCCAGCGGUGGCUCAUCCGGUUGGUCAAGCGGCGGCUAUGGUGGCGGCAGCGGCGGAGGAUGGAAGUCCGGUGGCGGCGGCGGGUUCGGCGGCGGCAGCAGCGGCUGGUCGCUCGGAGGUAGCAGCGGCGGAUGGAAAUCUGGCGGCGGCGGCGGCUAUGGCGGCGGCAGCGGCGGAUGGUCGCUCGGUGGCGGCGGCGGUGGCUGGAAGUCCGGCGGUUCAUGCCCAGGCAUCAUAUUCCUGUGCUUGUUGGUUUUGAUCGUGGCCGUGCACGCCGGUUUCAUCGGCGGCGGCGGCGGUGGCUGGUCUGGCGGCGGCGGCGGCGGCGGGUGGUCCGGCGGCGGCGGGGGCUGGUCGAGUGGUGGCGGCGGCGGCUGGAAGUCUGGAGGUGGCGGUGGCGGUUGGCGCAGCGGAGGCGAGGUGAAGAUCAUUAAAGUCAUCAGCAGCGGCGGAGGCGGAGGCGGUUGGCGAAGCGGUGGUGGCGGCGGCGGCUGGAAGAGCGGCGGCGGCGGCGGUGGCUGGAGAUCCGGCGGCGGCGGCUGGAGCUCCGGCGGCGGCGGCGGCGGUUGGAAAUCUUGGUGAUCCCAUCCGUAGCUCCAUUAUCAACAAUACAUGAAUACCCCUCUCA